GUGCCCGCAACGCAAAGCGGCGCCUGGAAAGUUUUGUUUGCGUCCGUGCGGGCUGCGAGCGGCGGCGCAUCAUGCGGGGCCCGGGGCCCGGCUCCCCGCCGCUUCCCGCCGCGCCGCGGUUGCCGCGGCCGGGGCUGGCGUAGGCGGCCCCUGGGAGAGCCGAGUGCGGGCACUGAACCCCCCCCUCCCUCCUCCCCGCCGCCCUCCUCCGCCCCCCUCCGUCCCUCCCUCCCUCCUCCCUCCCUCGCUCUCUCCCUCCCUCCCUCCCUCCCUCCCUCUCCCCGGUGCGCGGCCAUUGCAGUGACCCCGGCCGGCCAAGGAUGAUCACGAACACGCGGGGCUUCCUGUGGUCGGACCUGGAGACGCGGGCGCUGCUGGAGAUCUGGGGCGAGGCGGACGUGCAGUCGGCGCUGGACGGCAACUUUCGGAACAGCCAUGUGUACCGGGACGUGGCCUGCCGCCUGGCCGAGCUGGGCUUCGAGCGCACCCCCGAGCAGUGCCGCAUCCGCAUCAAGGGCCUCAAGCGCCAGUACUACCAGGCCCGGGACGGGCUGAAGAAGAACGGGCACGCCCGCAAGAUAUGCAAGUACUACGACGAGAUGGACCGGAUCCUCAGCUGCCGGGGGGGGCCCGACGGCGCCCCGGAGCCGCUGGCCCCGCCGCCCGACGGCGCCCAGCCGGCGGGGCCGCUGGCCGGGCCGCCCACGCCGGGCACGCCGCGCAACAGCCGUGAGGUGGACGCCGAGCUGGACGAGGACGCCGAGCUGGAGUCCCCCCGCGACAACUUCACCGAGGACUCCGGGGAGUGCUCCUCCUACGCCGACCACCCCAUCAAGGUGGAGUGCCCCCCCUUCGCCAUCCCCGUGCCGCCGGGAGACGGCUUUAAAGAAAUCAAUGCUCCAACUAUUACCCCGCCUCUCAAUCAGCCCAAAAGAUCAAAAAAACGCCAUGCAAAUUUAACGUUGGAUAAAAUGAUGGAAAAAUUCCUGCAGCAGAGUGUGGAUACAGAAGAGAAAUUUUAUAGAUAUGAAGAGCAGAGGCUCAAAAUUGAGGACAAGCGUCGGGAAGCUGAGCAUGCUCGAGAGCUCCAGAUGUUACAGAUGUUGGGACAGAUGUUGGCAGGAAUUUCUUCUACGGUAUCACAAAGGUCACAAUCUAUACCAGCGAGUCCACCUCAGAGAGCGAACCAUCGUUCGUAUGGGGAUAACUUUAAUUAUAAUGCUAUGACAGCAGCACUUUCUCCACCGAUAGUUAUAGAGAGAUCUUUUUCACUGCACAGAACACAUUCUCUAAAGGAUAUGGAGAAUAUUUUCCAACUGGUGCGCAAUGUUAUCCCUCCUCUAACAGGGAAAAGGCAUAAAGGUCAAGAUGGACGUAUAGGCAUUGUUGGAGGAUGUCAAGAAUACACUGGAGCACCGUAUUUUGCUGCAAUUACAGCUCUCAAAGUGGGUGCAGAUUUAUCCCAUGUGUUUUGUACCAAAGAUGCAGCAACAGUAAUCAAAUCAUAUAGUCCAGAGCUGAUUGUUCAUCCAGUUCUUGAUAGCCCCAAUGCUGUCCAUGAGGUGGAAAAAUGGUUACCACGACUGCACUCAGUUGUCAUAGGACCUGGCUUAGGUAGAGAUGAAGUUCUACUUGAGAACACUAAGGAUGGACUGUGGCUCAUUUCCCAGCAGCCUUCUCUUAUUCAAGGCUACCAGCGAGCUAUUCUUACUCCAAACUAUAUGGAAUUUAGUAGACUGUAUGAAGCCAUGCUUAGAGACCCUGUAGACAGUAGUGAUCAUCAUGGAUGUGUAUUAAGACUCAGCCAAGCCAUGGGAAAUUUGACAAUUGUUCAAAAGGGAGAAAGAGAUCUUAUUUCAGAUGGAGAGAAAGUACUUGUAUGCAGCCACGAAGGAAGCAGCCGGCGAUGCGGUGGACAGGGGGACCUCCUGUCUGGGUCUCUUGGAGUCUUAGCGCACUGGGCAUUUCUUGCUGGAGCAGAGAAAACAAAUGGUCAAAACCCCUUUCUAGUGGCUGCAUUUGGAGCUUGCUCACUCACAAGGCAGUCCAACCACCAAGCCUUUCAAAAAUUCGGACGUUCAAUGACUGCCUCUGACAUGGUUUCAGAAGUUGGAACAGCUUUUAGCAAACUCUUUGAAACCUGAAGCCAAAGCAGCAGAGAAGAAGAAAAGGAAGAACAAUGACUGCAAGAGUAAUUACAUUUACCGUAGAAUUUACAUAAGUAAUGCACCCUUUCAAGUGCUGUAGCAGCAUUGGUAUGCUAGGUAGAUUUUUUUUUUUUAUUAUUUUUAAGAAUAGAAAAAAAUGAUUAAUGUAGAUAUUUUUUAAGAGUUUGGAAUACGAAAAUGUUUUGGCUGAAAUAAGCUGUAGUUGCAGAUCUGUUAUAAUAUAAUAAAACUAAACUGAAAGUA